AUGGAAUUAAGAAAAAGAACAUUGGAUGCUAUUGUUAUGUGGAAAUAUGAGGUUAAUAAUGAAGAAAUUUAAGAUAAUCAAAUAGAAGGAUAAUAUCAAUCAAAUGAGAGAUAGUAUGAUAACUUUGAUGAUUUUUUUCACAUAUUUGAUUUUGGAUUAUCGUAUGAUCUUUAAUAUUUAGCCAUUUUUGAAGAGAAAAUCAGAAAAUAGAAUAAUAUAUCAGGGAGAAUUAAAAGGAGAUAAAAAAGUGAUUUAAGAAUAAAAUUAUAUGAAGUGAAAUCAAACAGAGUUGUUUUUGAAAGUAGUUUAUUAUAAAGAGGAUUUCUAAAUAUAAACUUUCAUUUUUCUCAAGAUUCAAAUUUUUUAAUAUGUUAAGGAUGUUGGGAUGGUUAUUUAAUAAUAGAUAUAUAAUAAUAGAAAGAAUUCAUCUUUAACAAUGUAGAAGAUACAUAUUUGAUUUGUUAGAUGGAUACAAUUAAUAGUUAUUAUUUAAAUAAAGAUAAGAAAAUAUUUCAUAUCAAUGUAGAAUAGAUCAAUUAGAAAUAGGAAAAAGAAAUAUACCUUAAAUUCAAUUUUAAUUUCAUUCUAUAUUUCAAAUCAUUUUUAUAGAAGUUUGCCUUAAUAAGUACAGAGUUAUACCAAUAUAUAAUUUAUCUUGAAAAUUGUAAAAUUAUUAAAUAAAGAAAAAAAUAAACUGAUUUUCUAACAUAAUUAAUCAUUUUUAAAAAUUGUAUUAUAAUUGAAUAAGAAAAUAUUCAUGAAACAGAAUAUUCUGUUAGAUUAUUACAUAGUGGAAAAUUAUUAAGAAGAAUAAAGAAUCUUUAUGGAGAUUCUGGUAAUAUAUCUUAUAAUGAAUUUGGAGUUUAUAAAAAUUCAUUUUUAAAAAUUGAAAAUCAAAUUAAUCAUUAUUAAAUCAAAAUAUUCGACCUUUUGAGGGGAAAUCCUAAAGAAAUAUCUUAUAGAAUUAAUUCAUAACCUAAUGAUAAUUAUGAAAUCUCUAAAUUAUAUGAUUAAUUUAUAUUCACUAUGAUAAUGAGUGGAUUAUAAACUUAAAUUAUAUGCUAUAUUUUGAGAUGA